GCCUAGACUUUGAUGUCUCAGCCCUAUGCACGUCCAGAACGUUUCGUACGAUAAACAUACUGAGACAUGCUCGCCUAUAGAACCCCAAGGGGAGCCGUCAGGUAAAGUUGGUAGCUGCAUGAUUCGAUAUGGUUCACUUCAACAAUGAGGUAGAGAUGCUACCCAAUAUGACUUUGCCUCCACAUGGAAGAGUCUCUCAAACUGCUUGUCGCCCUGCGUGGACCUCAGUUGGUAAUCAUUAUCGCUUUUUUCUUUCAAAUCGAGGUACCGGCAUGAUGGCCGAAUCGUCAUCACGAUCCUCCAGUGUAACCUCCCUCCCUGCGAUUCGAACAGCCCCCCGCGCCGAACAAAACCACCGUCACUUUGACCUUGAACGCGUCUUGCUUCCACCACACCUCAGUAAUUGCUAUGCGCUGAUAGCAAUAGUUUGCUGCAGACAAGUCACACGUGUGCACACCUUCACAACAAAUAAUACCGCCACGUUGAUGGUUCCGCGCCUGUUCCAUAAAGUGCCUUCCUUUGCUGCGAAACAUACUCCUCCCUCUACAGCAGCACCACGACAGUCUUGCUGCUCCUGAAACUUACAUAUGUGUUCUAUUGAAGCCUACUCACAUCGCAACAAUGUGCAGAAGUCGCUACAAGUGUUGUGGCUGCUGUCGCGCAAGGUUUUACACAAUCUCAACGUGGGAGCUGGUACCUCUAAAGCAAACCGCUGCUAAUAC